CAUAGGUGCGCAGCCAGGUUGUUUGAGAACGAGCAGCGCGUCAGUCGAACCCUGACAGCUGCCGUGGCGAGAAGGGGGAAAACAAGCCAGCCAGAUAGCACAGCAACGUUGGUCGAACUCCCAAUUAACUCCCUGCCAAUUAAAGCUUAGCUGGGGAGGCAUCGCAAAAAGUCUGAUACAAAAAAGAAGACGAAAUAUAUCACUUGUUAAGAGAUGCCCACCGGAGAUGUCAACCUGCAACGAUGAUCUUGUGAAUAUCGAGCGGAAAUAACGACCCCUCGAAUUGUCAGAAGUCAAGUGUGUCAGAUGAUGUAAGGGUUUCCCGCUGGUGAAGAACAAGAUGAGUGAGGUCCAGGCCACGGUGGAGUUCUCCGUGGAACUCCACAAGUUCUACAACGUGGACCUGUUCCAGAGGGGGUUCUACCAGCUGCGUGCCAGUAUGAAGGUUCCCCCACGCGUGCCACACAAGGUGGAGGCCAGCCUGCUGCAUCCCGCAGGCUCUGACCUGGCUUUUCCUGCCACCGUCCAGGAAGACAUCAUCAGCAGCAAGACGUUUCAGAUCCUGUACAAGAAUGAGGAAGUGGUGGUCAACGACGUCAUGGUCUUCAAAGUCAUGAUGCUAUUGGACGAGAAGAAGGUAAAGCAGGAAGUGGUGGAGGAGUCUCUAAAUGACAUGGACUUCCAGCUGUGCCUGGAGCUCUACUUCACAGAUGGAGACUACUCGCCUGAGGAGCCCAGCUCCCUCCAGAGCAUCAGCAGCAGGACAGUGCGUCUCCACUUCAGCCUCCAGCGAGGCAUCCACCAGCACAUCAACGUCAUGUUCGACUACUUCCACCUGUCCGUCAUCUCCAUGGCGAUACACGCAUCCCUGGUGGCCCUGCACCAGCCCCUCAUCAGUUUCCCUCGGCCAGUGAAGAGCACCUGGCUGAACCGCAGCGCUCCAGCCCAGAGUAAAGACUCGGUCAUUCCUCCUCUGGAGAAUGUGGUUUUUGGCUCCAGCUACGUCAAGCAGGUGUCCCCUGAUGGUCAUACGUUCUUGGUGUCAGACCAGUGUCUGCAGCAUGCCUUCAGCCUGCACCACAGCCUGUGUGCCAGCCUGCUGUUGGCCUACCAGGGACUGUUUGCCUACUUCUCCUCCGUCACCCAGGAGCUGCCCUCCUCUCACCGCAUGGAGCUGGCCAAGUCCAGCAUGCAAGUCCUAUAUGAGAGAGUUCUCAGAAGACCCUAUCCCAGAGACCAAAGGCACGUCUCCAUAGAGACGGUAGACGUGGAGGGCAGGCUGGCCGACCUGUGUGACCAGGUCAAGCAGAAGGCAGAGAGCCCAGAUGAGCUGGCGGAGCUGGUGAACAUGAACCUGGCCCAGCUGUGCUCCCUGCUCAUGGCUCUGUGGGGCCAGUUCCUGGAGGUGGUGUCCCUGCAGGACGGAGUGGCCGCGCUGCUGGCCGUGGAGCACCACACCCUCAGGGUGAGGCGGUUUGCAGAGGCGUUCUUCUGCCUGGAGCACCCCAGACAGACUGCCCUGGCCUAUCAGGAACUACACGCCCACAGCCACCAGCAGAUGACUACCGCCAUCAAGAGCUCCAACUACUUCCUGUCUCUUCCCCCACUUCCUGUGGAAUGCGCUGACCUGGACGGGGACGUCAACUCUCUGCCAAUCAUCUUUGAGGACAGAUACCUGGCCUCCAUCACUGAGGAUCGUGACGGGCCCUGGCUGGGCAUACAGCACCUGCCCAGGAGAAGCUCCACGCCCGGUCGCCCCGACAGGACCGCCCCCCGGGACUACACCCCCGGCCCCCCCCCCUCCUCCUCCGCCUGCCCCAGCCCCCCCGCCGACCCUCGCCACGUCGUCAUGGACACCAGCUGGCCCGACAGUCGCGACCCGCCGCCCAAGGCCAAGGGCAAGGCCGCCAAGCUGAAGAAGACCGCCAAGGCCGACAACUGCAAGAAGCUGAUCCGCCAGGGCUCCAGGGACUCUGUGGUGCUGGUCGGCUACAAGAACCUCAAGACGGCUGGAGGUGCCGGGGGUGCCGGGGGCGGGGGAGGGGCUCCGCAGGGGGGCGAGACUCCUCUCACCCCCAGGGAGGAGAGGGAGGCCCUGCUGGGGGAGCCCAGCUCCGACCUGCCCCCCAGGACCGCUGGCGGUCUGCUUGGAGGGGAGGCCCCUUCCCCCGCCCCUGAACCUGGGCCGGGCGCUGGUCCAGGCGCCGGGCCGGACUGGCUGGGGGCGGAGCCCGCUGGCCUGUCCAGCCACACAGCCUUCAGCCCCGCCCUCCUGAGCCUGGACGCUCAGAACAAGCCCCAGGCCGGCACUGGGGCUGCCGCCCCCAAUCGGACCCUCCUUCCCCUGGAGCCCUGCAGCCUGAAGCACAGCCCUGGCUCCACCCCUGGAGCUGUUGGACUUCCUGGACCUGCUGGUUCUUCUGGGCUGAGGCACAUCGAGGUUCGGCCAAGCCCCAGAGACCCCUACCUCGGGGACAAGGUCACGGUCCUGCUCCCCUGUCGGACAGACCCGGGCCCCCCGGGGUCCCGACCGGGGCAGGCCUCCCUGCAGAGCGCCAGGCUCCAGGACGCGGGGUUAGGAGCCGCCCCCUCGGCCUCCUCACGUCUCUCCGACUCGGGCAUGGAGAGCGAGCCCAGCUCCCUGGCCCCGGGCCUCCAGGCUGGAGGGGCGGGGCCGGCGGCCGACUUCCCCCCCCUGCAGCCAGACAGGCCCCCCCUCAGCCCCUCCCCUCAGCCGGCCCCCCUCAGCUCCACCCCGGGGCUCUUCCCGGAGAACACCAGCGGCGUGAGUGGGGUCCAGUCCUCCCUGACCUCCAUCACCUCCCUGCCGUCGGACGAGGAGGGCGAGGCGUCCAGGGCCUCCAGCGGGACCGAGGCCCCCGCCAGGAAGUCCAGCGUUCUGGUCCAGGAGCAGAGCCUGGUGUUUUCUGGCGAGCCGGACAGCAGAGCCGGAACCAGCGUCCUCCACCCGGACCGGGCCCCGGCCCCAACCCUGGCCCCAGCACGCUGCACCCUGCCUGGGCAGACUCUCCGCCCAGACGGCCUCACCUCCACGCCUCCAGCCGACUGCCAAGCCUCCGACAAUCCGCCCGAGCUGGACCCGGGCUCCAGGCUGGCCGGGGCCCCUGAGGGCCUGGGGCCCCCAGAAGGGGUGGGGGUCUCUGGGGCGGAACCCCAGGCCACCUGUCCCUCCAGUAACUCGGCCACCAGCAGCACCGACCUGGUGAAGAAGGGCAUGGUGGAGAACUACUUUGGCUCUCGCUCCAGCACGGACGUGUCCGAGAUCAGCCCCGUGGAGACGUCGGCCAUCACCCUGGGGCUCGGGGCGGGACCCGGGCCUGGAGGGCAGGAGGAGGAGGAGGACGAGGAGGAGGAGGACCAGGACCAGGAGAUGAUCGAGAACGGCUUCUACGAGGAAGGCGACGGCUCGGCCUUCCUCAACGGGGCGACUGAGGAGGAGGAGGCGGAGGGCGAGGGGGACCGGGGGGCGCAGGGGAGGAGUCUGCUGUUUGAGCAGUUUGGGCUGGAGCAACUCCCCGAGCCCAGGGGCGUUCCCCCGGGGGCCUGCCCCCGCCCCCCUCCUGGCCCCUCCUCCUCCCAGGCCCCGCCCCCAGCCUCCCGGGGCCCCGCCCCCCUGGCCCUGCAGUGGUUCGAGAAGGCCCCUGCGUCUCAUGUGAAAGCGUUCCUCCAGGGCCGUGAGGAGCUCCGGCAGCUGCGCCUGCCAGGCUUCCUGUACAGCGAGGUGGAGCGCCUGGCCUCCACAGUGCCCUACUUCAGCCUGGAGGAGGACGACAGCAGUGAGGAGGGAAUCCACCUGGUGGUGUGUGUCCACGGCCUGGAUGGUAACAGUGCAGACCUGAGGCUGGUGAAGACCUACCUGGAGCUAGGACUGCCUGGAUCCAGAAUAGAUUUCCUCAUGUCUGAACGCAAUCAGAACGACACGUUUGCCGACUUUGAGUCGAUGACCGACCGUCUCUUGGACGAGAUAGUCCAGUACAUCCAGAUCUACAACCUCACCGUCUCCAAGAUCAGCUUCGUAGGCCACUCCCUGGGGAACCUGAUCGUGCGCUCCGUCCUGACCCGGCCCAGGUUCAAGUGCUACCUGAGCAGGCUGCACACCUUCCUGUCGCUGUCGGGGCCCCACCUGGGCACGCUCUACAACAGCUCCGCCCUGGUCAACACCGGGCUGUGGUUCAUGCAGAAGUGGAAGAAGUCUGGCUCUCUGCUGCAGCUCACCUGCAGAGACCACUCAGACCCCCGGCAGACCUUCCUGUACAAGCUGAGCAAGAAAGCUGGUCUUCAGUUCUUCAGGAACGUGGUUCUGGUGAGUUCCCUGCAGGACCGCUAUGUCCCAUACCACUCGGCCCGUGUUGAGAUGUGCAAGACAGCCUUGAAGGACAAGCAGACAGGCCCAGUCUAUGCUGAGAUGAUAGAGAACCUGCUGUUACCCGUGCUUCAGAACAGAGACUGCAACCUGGUGCGCUAUGAUGUCAUCCACGCGCUGCCCAACACUGCCAACUCCCUGAUUGGCCGAGCAGCCCACAUCGCCGUCCUGGACUCUGAGAUCUUUCUGGAGAAGUUCUUCCUGGUCGCAGGACUCAAGUUCUUUCACUAGGGGGCGCUAGAGGCCAUGGACUGAGGUUAAUAGGGUUGGCAUUACCUUGUGGAAGUAUACCUCACUGCAUCCAAACCCAAUGUUUCGUAUCAACUGUCUUAUCUGGUUGUUUGUUCACAGUUUUAUACACGUGUCUGCUUCCUGUGGAGCCUCUGAUUGGCUACUGGGUCAGAGGCCUCUGUUUUUGUUUUUAUCAUUUCAAUUUUUUGGGGACAUGGAUUUUCUUUGUUUUUAUUUUUCUAUAGCCUUUUUUAUGAUUUUUCGUAGAUUUCUAUGAACGUUCUUUAUGGUGAGGAAGUCAUUCUGCUCACCUUUUGUUGGUAUAUUUCAGUGUUAUUUAAGUAUACAAAGUUAAGUCAUUGUGUCAUCGCACAUUCGGAUAAACAAUUCAACCGAACUGGAAAUGUAGCUGCUAAAAAUGAAAUGGUUAUUUUUCUGAGGUUGUGAUAAACGUGAUGAUACAAAUGAUAAACCUGUGUUACUCGUGUUGGAAGAAGCAUUUUUACCUGGAGAACAUCUUCACAUCAGAUCUAGACACUCUGCAUAAAUUUGCACCUCGACUGCAUAAAAAAAAAAAAAGCUUUUGUACUGAGUAUAGUCAUUUGUACAAUUCAAUACCUUUUUGUUUUUUAUUGUCAGUUUUGUUUCUUUACGUGCAGAGGGCAAAGACUUGGAAUGCAAAUGAGAUAGUUAUUGAGGCAGUUGAUGGUGGUCAGACUGUAUCCUGCUCCACCUGUCUCCUAAACACCCCAGACUGCUCCACCUGUCCCCUGAACACCCCAGACUGCUCCACCUGUCUCCUGAACACCCCAGACUGCUCCACCUGUCUCCUGAACACCCCAGACUGCUCCACCUGUCUCCUGAACACCCCAGACUGCUCCACCUGUCCCCUGAACACCCCAGACUGCUCCACCUGUCUCCUGAACACCCCAGACUGCUCCACCUGUCCCCUGAACACCCCAGACUGCUCCACCUGUCUCCUGAACACCCCAGACUGCUCCACCUGUCUCCUGAACACCCCAGACUGCUCCACCUGUCCCCUGAACACCCCAGACUGCUCCACCUGUCUCCUGAACACCCCAGACUGCCCCACCUGUCCCCUGAACACCCCAGACUGCUCCACCCGUCUCCUGAACACCCCAGACUGCCCCACCUGUCUCCUGAACACCCCAGACUGCUCCACCUGUCUCCUGAACACCCCAGACUGCCCCACCUGUCCCCUGAACACCCCAGACUGCUCCACCUGUCUCCUAAACACCCCAGACUGCCCCACCUGUCUCCUGAACACCCCAGACUGCCCCACCUGUCUCCUGAACACCCCAGACUGCUCCACCUGUCUCCUAAACACCCCAGACUGCCCCACCUGUCCCCUGAACACCCCAGACUGCUCCACCUGUCCCCUGAACACCCCAGCCCAGGCUGGCGGAGACACCUGAACCUGAGACAUGAACAGAGUGUCCUGGCGGGGAUGUCAGUGGUUCAACAUGGCUCGUGGUGAUUACGCAAUCUGACGAAAAGAGGAGGAUUAGGGGUAAUUUAUGCUUUUGAACUGGAGAGUAUUGUUUUAAAUAAAAAUCGAAUUAUUUCUUUGUCAAA